AGAGGUCCCCUCCUCCUGGUGCUGUGACUGUGUUAGAGGCUACCUCCUUCUGGUUCAUUUUUUUUUGCUCUACAGAGAGAAGCUGGUUCUUGAGAAAUUUUAUCCAGGGUACGAAAGAACAAAGUUCAUCUUAGGAUUUGCCUCCGAGAACAAGGGUAGAAAAGUUGCAAGAUUAGGAUUUGCGGACGACGAUGAAUGAGUUGAGUAACUGUUACUAGUAGUAUUGCCAGCACCAGGUCAUUCUCAAUACAAUGGGACAGGCGCCACCGGACGCGCCCACAGGAGGGGAAGCCGCGAACGGCGGUGGCAAUUCUGGG